CCGCCGCCGUCGCCGCCACCGUCGUCCGCUCAAAACCGUCUUCCGACGCACACACAAACGUCCACGCCCCGACGCCGGUUGUACGACGACGUCCCGCGACAGCCGUCCAUCUGGUCCACGUGACGGCCGAACCGGCCGACCGCCGACAGCCGCACGCCGAGCCACCGCGCUCCCGCAACGAUGACGACCGCUAACAAGAAAUUAAUUAUUGUGGUAUGUCUAUUGAGAUUGUGUAUUUGCCAGCAAUAUGAACAGUCAGGGGGACAAGGAGGUUAUUCAUCGUCAGGUGGAAAAUAUAACUCUCCUUCCUCUGCAGGAAGGUCUGCAGCAUUCGGAGGACCAAAUGGUGGUUCUGGUGCCAAUGGUUAUAAUCCUACAUCCGGUUUUCCUGGCCAAGGUCAAGGCGGAAAGGGUGGCUACGGAAACGGUUUAAAUGGAAACACAAGAUAUUCAGGAAGUCAAAAUGCAGGUGGCAUAAAUUGUGGCCCCAAUGAUAAUAAUGGUGGCUUUGGUGGAUCCAAUAACGGUUUUGGAGGAUAUGGAACCAAUGGCUUAAAUAGUGGUUCCAAUGGCGGUGGAAAUUAUGGGGGUGGAAGUAAUAGUUUUGGAAGCAGUGGUUUUCCAGGAGGAAAUGGAGAAUAUGGAAGUGGAGGCUCAGGAGGUGGGGCAGGAUAUGGAAAUGGAGGUUUUGGUAGUAGUGGUAGUGGUGGUGGUGGAGCAUACGGAAGUGGAGGUGUUAAUGGACGUGGAAAUAAUGGUUUAGGAGGUAGUAGUAGUUAUGGAAAUGGUGGUUUAGGUGGCAGCGGUGGAUAUGGGAACGGCGGUGCAGGAGGCAACGGGGGAUAUGGGAACGGUGGUAUAGGAGGCAGUGGAGGGUAUGGAAAUGGAGGUUUAGGUGGUAAUGGAGGCUUAGGAGGUAAUGGAGGAUAUAGUAAUGGAGGCUUAGGAGGUAAUGGAGGAUAUGGUAAUGGAGGCUUAGGAGGUAAUGGUGGUUUAGGAGGUGGUAGAGGAUAUGGAAAUGGAGGUUCAGGAGGUUCAGGAGGAUAUGGUAAUGGAGGUUUAGGAGGUAAUGGAGGAUACGGUAAUGGAGGCUUAGGAGGUAAUGGUGGUUCAGGAGGUUCAGGAGGAUAUGGCAAUGGAGGUUUAGGAGGUAAUGGAGGAUACGGUAAUGGAGGCUUAGGAGGUAAUGGUGGUUUAGGAGGUAGUGGAGGAUAUGGAAAUGGGGGUAAUGGAGGUAAUGGUGGAAAUUUUAAUCCAAAUCAAAAUGCUCCUCCUGCUGCCAAAGUAAGUUUCAAUAGCUAUUUUGGAAAAUCCGGACGAAAUGGCCGAGGACAAUUCGGUGGAUCAAAUAAUGGAGGAUUUGGCAGUCCCGGUGGUCAAAAUGGUGGUGGUUCUGGAUCCUAUGGUGGCCAAAAUAAUGGAGGUUUUGGCAGUCUCGGUAGUCAAAAUGGUGGUGGUUCUGGAUCCUACGGUGGUCAAACCAAUGGAGGUUCUGGCGCUUAUGGUGGACUGAACGGAGGAGGUUCUGGUUCAUACGGUGGCCAAAAUAGUGGAGGCUUUGGUUCUCAUGGAGGAGGUUCUUCUCCAUAUGGUGCACAAAAUGGUAUUGGUAACGGUUUGGGAUCUGGGCAAUACGGAGAAUCAGAUUUUGGCGGGUCCGGACAAAAUAACGGAUUCGGCAAAAAUUCUCCAGGAGGAUUUUCAUCAGAAUCUUCUGGUCAAGGAUCUAAUGGGUAUUGA